UUGCCCAGGAUAUGCCUGGAUUUAAGUCUUGGACUAGAUCUGUCCAAUCCUUCACGUGAAUAACAAAACAUAUUUUUGGAGAAAAUAUGUACACUUGAAAGAGCAUCGGAGCAUAUUUAUAGGAAAAUUCACGGGGGAGAUUAAUUAAUCUUUGGAAUUUUCGAAACCAAAAAUUUUCAUUUUUUCAAGGAAAAACGAAGGGGCCAUGGGAGGGAAACUGCAUUAAUUACUAUAAUUUAUUAAAAAAUUUUUUUUUAAUUUCUAAAUUUUAAUUUUAAAGAUAAAAGCUGUAAGUAUAAGCAAUUGGAUGGAUUUGCCAGGCUAUUCACUUGCUGAAGACUUUUUAGGCGAUCCAAGUUUAAAUAAUCAACGCCCAACAGCUAAAACAUUCCGAAAUUAUUUAACUACAUAUUGCAAUGUUAUGGGUAUUUUGAAGAAUUUUAGGCCGAAUACAAAGGUUUUGCAAAUUAAGAAAUUAUACAAUAAAACUACUGGUAGUUAUUGGAAAGUGAAUGGUGUUGAUACACCUACAAAUAAAAUUUUUAUUAUUCGAUGUAGAAAUGUGGUUUUAGCUUGUGGAAAGAAUAAACAGAGAAGGCUUGAGUUUGAUUCCAACUCAACUUCAAUUGUUUACGAUCUAAAUUCCCUCAAAAACUGUAUUUCAACCACAAAAGUUUCAUCAAAAAAUCACCCAGUAAUUAUUGUUGGUGAUGGUAUUUCUGCUGCAGAUGCAGUUAUUUGUGCUUUGGAGAGAAACUGUCAAGUUUUACAUUUAAUUAGAAGGAGUGAUAGACAAUUAAAAAAUGUAAUGAUUUCGCGUCUGUCACCUCUCGUAUAUCCUGAAUAUGUAAGAGUGUAUCAAUUAAUGAGUGGGCAGAAAAAAGAGGAAAAUUAUACAAAACUUACUGAAACUACUAUACGCAGUGUUUCCGGAAACGUAAUUGAAUUAAAUACUCCAGGCGGAAUUAUAAAAGAACAAUUUCUAUGUCUAUCCAUUUGUAUCGGAAGGCAGACAGAAUUUCCACUAUUGAAAGGAGUAGCUAUAGACAACUUAGAACAAUUUUCCUCAACAAAUUAUUGUUCAACCAACGACUCUUCUCUUUUCGCUAUAGGGGCCAUGAUUGGGGAUCAUUUUGUUCGUUAUCUUGUUGGAGGGGCUUUAUGUACAGCACAAGCAUUAAUUUUAAGGAAUAAUUUUACAAAAUCUUUGAGACAGCCUUUCAAAGUUUUGUUUGACAAAAAUGAAAGAUUUGCCUGUUGUUGUUAUAGUAAAAAGAAGAAAGGGAAAGAAGAAAAAUUAAAAUUUUUAAGAACAAAUUCAGCAUCUACCCCAUUAACUCAACUUGUUAAAGAAAUUGUGAUGUAA